AUGCUCCAUUUGACUUGACCAUACUAUUUUUUGACGAUGCUUUCCAGUGGUGUGAAUACCUCUUUGAUCUUUUCCAAACCUAUGACUUAACACAAAACUCUGAACGAUUAAAUGACUUUCCUACAAACGAGGUAACACUAAGCAAUAUUAGACGUUCAUUAGUACAAUUAGUUAUUAUAUCACCGCAAUGCGUUGAAAGCUGCUCGACGAUGAUCGAACAGGUAACAAUGUCGACAAUCGGCCUUGUCUGCGGUACAACUGAAGAGGAUAUCGAGGCCUUGUAUAUGAGGAUACCUUCGUCUCAGCAUUGGAAACUGGUCGACACGACCCCUAAGACGAUUAUUAACGAAACUUUGAACAUGAUAAAACGAGAUGAGACAUAUAUGGAGAUGACGGCAAGCAAGGAGGAGCAGCCAGAGGAUUUGUACCUUGACAUGGAGGAACUUACCGAUCAGAGGGAUCUGUAUGAGCAUAUGCAAGGUAAUACAUCUCCCGGUACGGGGAACUUUGAAACCGACUAUGAAGACAUGGUGCCUAGAUCCAACCAGACAGUUAAGUUUAUUCCAAGUUCCUCUCGCUGUGGGAAAUCAGAAUUGGUCGUUUUAGUGUUUGAUGAUUUCCAUACAAUAGAAGGAAAGGAUAAUUUCACUGUUGAAUUUUGCAGAGGAAAUAAAAAAAGUGUAGCACCUGCAGAUAAACUUAACUCGUACACAUUAACUGUUGAAACACCUACAGACUAUCCAGCUGGACAUGUCCAAGCAGUAGUUUGCUCCAACAAUCAGACCAUUGCAGGAAGUCGGUUUACAUUUAAAAGUUCCAUGGAUGUGCUUGCGGACAUCUUAACGGAAUGCGUAAAUCCAAUUGAGUUUUUGUGCGACACUAUGAACAUUUCACCCGGUGAUCACAUCCACUUGGACAGCUACCUGUCCAACCUGAGUAAGCAAGUUAUGGAAACUGAAAGAUUCAGAGAUGUAUUUGGUGUCGGCGUCUCAAAAUCAGAAAAAUCGGAUAAGAAAUAUCCAACGAUUCUUCACUUUGCUGCCAAAUAUGGUUUGAGCGACUUGUGCGUAAAUAUGAUGAACAUGCCGUGCGUUGUCCAAGCACUUAACCUUACAAAUUGUCACGGCAAAACACCACCCGACCUCGCAGAAGAAAGUGGAUUCACCGACCUUAAGGCUGUUCUUCAAAGUUAUCAGGACAAUGACCUUUAUGGGCCAGUUAGCCCCCAAGGACCGGAUCCUUAUGUUCAAAUGGACAAAAACACAAAGAAAUCACCUUAUGGCAAUGCUGCAACUAUUGAAGCUGAAAAGAUGAGGUAUACAAAGCCGUUUCCGGUAGCUAUCCCAGCAUACAAAGUUGAAGCGGUUUUACAAGGAACUCUUGAGGAUGUCUAUGGUUUGUAUGACACGCUUCCAUCGACAGCAAUAAAAGCGCCCCCAAUACCAAUUCAAGCCGUAAAGGAAGAGCAGGCCCCUGUGGAAUCGCCAUCAAUACAGAAAAAAAAUGAAGAUAACAAUGAAAACAGCCUUCUGCAUUCAAACCUCGACCCUGGCCAGUUGCAGCUGAUUGACCUCCAAAAACGAGUUGCACGGAAAGAAAUUACGGUGGAUGAAGCAGUCAAGAUAUUUGAGAUGUUUCCAAAAUUUACAGUGGCAAAACCUCUUGGAAUUGAUCCACAAACACUUAAGAAUGAAUUGAAAAAGAAAAAAGCAAAAAAAGAUACUCGCAAACUUAAAACUCGCAGCCAAUCUUCGCCUAUGAUAAUAGGUUCUUCAAAUACACUCCCGAACACAGGUUCACGAAAAUUGCUACAAAUGAAGACGGGCUCCACCCAAACACUCCCUAUCCGAGCAACUCCAGUGGGUACACCAAAAGCAAAGCGCAGUCAUUCAGUAAAUAUCAUAUCACAUCCAAGUAUUACCCAAGCACUCAAUGAACACAUAGGUAUAGAUUCAUAUUUUUGUAUUUUCCAAAGUUUGUGUAUAUUUCUCCCUCAUCAAACAGCUAUUUAUAGUUUGGAUGUUAUAGUAUUCAAUUUCACUGUCUGUUUUUGGAAAUUUUUGUAUUUCUAAGUAAAAAAAAAUCAAACACAAAUAGCGUGUAAGUUAUUUUGUUUUAUUUAUA